AUGGAGAGUUACUGGGUUGCGUCCUCUGCUGCGCAAUGCUGAAGAUCUCCCUCCCUGACAGGCUACUGGCGGUCGAAAUUAUACCAGUACUGAAGAGCCGACGACAGGAAUUACCGAACUAUCCGGAGCUCCUGAAAGAGCUGGAGUCAUACCAGUUUAUUACUUACGUAGAUGAAUGCAUACGUGAAUGGAUUUUGAAGCUGGCAGCGCUGGAAAUUCACGAAGCUGGGGUGAGCUUCAAGGACAACCUAGUGGAAUACUCAAAUGAGAGGCAUAAACAUAUCGCCUUUCACACGCUGUUCCAGUGUAAGUAUGAUCGUCUCCUCAAAAUCAGCGGGAUACAAUCUCACCCUUGCCGAAUAGUUUUUUCGUUGGUGCGUUUCUAUCCCUAUGCAUCCUUACCUACGCAUGGAUCGGAACGGAAGUUCCUUGUUGAGCGCAUUACCCAACUGUUAUCCCUGUUGGAGCAUCGCACCGGUGAAGUGCGCUGGGCCUACAUUGAAGCGCAGGCAACGUCGACCCUGCAGAUCCAGGAAGUAACGGGGUCCCGCUCGUCGACGUAUCACGUGGAUGUUCUGGGUUGUUCUGCAGAGAACCAAUAUGAAGUUGUCUUUGUUGAGCAAUCGGGCGGGCCAACCAGUCGUGAUCAGACGCACUGCCUAGAUGACUCGGAAGAGUUGAUUAAUGAAGCGAUCAACGGGCUAAGGGCAAUAUUAUGCGAGAACUUGGACGCGCCCAUUAAGAGCGCCGGGAAGUUGCGAACGUAUUGUAUACAAGUCAUACGUGAUCGUGUCACACUACUAGCCGUUCAGAUAAUCGGGCCUAACAAAUACGCAAUUCUGGAGCUGAAGUCGGCUCGCUUCCCCAAUGACUGGGAACACCUGGAUCUUUUCAUCGACGUCCUUGAGCUCGCCUUUUGUCUUGUGGCGGAAAUGAAAAAACAAAAGCAAGCCCGCAAGACUCUUCGUCUCGAGAGCCGCAGCCAUUCUAUGAGUACUACGGAAACGCGAUGUCGCGAGUGGCUGACGCCGGUCCAUACGAGAGUAGAGAAGGAAUGACGCUGCUGGCUCAUGGAUCUUGCUUGAGGCAGAGUUUUGGGCAGUGGGUCAUCAGAAGAUUAGGGGUUGGAACUGGAAUAUGGAUGCAUGGAAAUGAGGGAGUGCGGGCGCUCCUUCCUCCCCGCUCGCGGCAUUUUGUUUUUGGGGGCACCCUGGCGUAUUGGGCUGCUUUAUUUUUGGGCCU